AUGGGGGUGUCGCCGAAAAUAGCACCGUCGAUGGUGUCAUCGGACUUUGCAAAUCUGGCGGCGGAGGCCAAGCGGAUGAUCGAUUUGGGGGCCAACUGGCUUCACAUGGACAUAAUGGUUGGGCAUUUUGUCCCGAAUCUCACGAUUGGUGCUCCUGUCAUCCAGAGUUUGAGAAAGCACACCGAUGCAUAUCUCGAUUGCCACCUCAUGGUGACGAACCCCAUGGAUUACGUCCAACACAUGGCUACAGCUGGGGCCUCUGGUUUCACCUUCCACGUCGAGGUUGCCAAAGAGAAUUGGCAAGAACUUGUGAGCAAGAUUAAGUCUGCAGGGAUGAGGCCAGGUGUGGCUCUAAAGCCUGGAACACCUGUUGAACAUGUCUAUCCUCUGGUUGAAGGGACAAGUCCGGUUGAAAUGGUUCUUGUGAUGACCGUUGAGCCUGGAUUUGGGGGACAGAAGUUCAUGCCUGACAUGAUGGACAAGGUGAGGGCUUUGAGGGACAAGUACCCAUCACUUGAUAUUCAGGUGGACGGCGGCUUAGGCCCUUUGGCCAUCGAUGCUGCGGCUGCAGCAGGGGCCAACUGUAUCGUCGCCGGAAGUUCAGUGUUCGGAGCUCCGGAGCCAGGGGAUGUCAUCUCCCUUUUGCGGACCACUGUUGAGAAAGCCCAACCCACUUGGGCCUUGAGGGAGUGA